UGGGACCUGUGCUCUCACCCCCUCCACACCCCUUGGAUCAGUGUUUCCCAACCCAGUCCUCUGGGAACCCUGGACAGUCCACAUUUUUUCUUCCUCUCAGCUCCCAGCACACCUGUACCAGGUCGUUCCCUGACAUGGCCUUCAGCUCAGCCAAGUCGGGCCCCGUGAACGGCUGCAUCAUGAAAGCUCAGCUUCAGAUCAUCGUGUUAUCAGCAAAGCUAAAAGAAAACAAAAAGAACUGGUUUGGGCCCAGUCCAUAUGUGGAAGUUGCUGUCGACGGCCAGUCAAAGAAGACCGAGAAAUGCAACAACACCAGCAGUCCGAAAUGGAAGCAGCCUCUCACAGUAAUUGUCACUCCAUUCAGCAAAUUAGUGUUCAGGGUUUGGAGUCACCAAACUCUGAAAGCAGAUGUCUUGUUAGGAAUGGCCACUUUAGAAGUCAGUGAGACCCUGAAAUCAAACAACAUGAAAAUCUCCGAGGUUGUGCAGACUUUACAGCUCAGCACAGACAAAGACCAGAUAGACAUUGUUGGGGACUUGUGCGUCUGCCUUGAUGGAAUGCAGGUCGAUCCUGAAGUUUUUUCUUCUGUGGACACAAACGACAUUGAAUUGAUCGUCCGGCUAAAUUAGUCCAGAUAAACGUGG